GGAGCACAUGUAAACCCCCCCCCCCCCCCAUCCACCCACCUUCUUCCCCCCUGGCUCCGCUCCGGGGGUGGGGCAGGCUCCCUUGGACCGCCGGCUGCGGUGCCCCCACGUGGCGGUGGAAGUGAGCUGAGGACCGCGACUCCAGGAAGAGGGGGGCCGGUCGCGGGAAUCAUGAAUGAGAUGUCCAGCUUCUUGCACAUCGGGGACAUCGUCUCCCUGUACGCCGAAGGGUCGGUCAAUGGGUUCAUCAGCACGCUGGGGCUGGUGGAUGAUCGGUGUGUGGUGGAGCCGGCAGCUGGCGAUCUGGAUAAUCCACCCAAGAAGUUCCGGGACUGUCUCUUCAAAGUAUGUCCCAUGAACCGCUACUCUGCCCAGAAGCAGUACUGGAAGGCCAAGCAAACCAAGCAGGACAAGGACAAGAUUGCUGAUCUGGUACUGCUGCAGAAACUCCAGCAUGCGGCGCAGAUGGAGCAGAAGCAGAACGAUACGGAGAAUAAGAAGGUGCACGGGGACGUGGUGAAGUACGGCAGCGUCAUCCAGCUUCUCCACAUGAAGAGUAACAAGUACCUGACAGUGAACAAACGUCUCCCCGCCCUGCUGGAGAAGAACGCCAUGAGGGUGACGCUGGAUGCGAUGGGCAACGAGGGCUCCUGGCUCUUCAUCCAGCCCUUCUGGAAACUGAGGAGCAACGGGGAUAAUGUAGUCGUGGGAGACAAAGUGAUCCUGAACCCUGUGAACGCCGGGCAGCCACUGCAUGCCAGCAACUACGAACUUGCCGACAAUGCCGGCUGCAAAGAGGUGAACUCAGUCAAUUGCAACACCAGCUGGAAAAUCAACCUGUUCAUGCAGUUCCGGGACCACAUGGAGGAAGUGCUGAAAGGGGGGGAUGUGGUGAGGCUGUUCCAUGCCGAGCAGGAGAAGUUUCUCACCUGCGACGAGUACAAGGCCAAAAUCCACGUCUUCCUCCGCACCACCCUGAGGCAAUCUGCCACAUCUGCCACCAGCUCCAAUGCACUGUGGGAAGUCGAGGUGGUCCAUCACGAUCCCUGCCGAGGUGGAGCCGGGCACUGGAACGGCCUGUACCGCUUCAAGCAUCUCGCCACUGGGAACUACCUGGCCGCAGAGGAAAACCCAAGUUACAAAGGAGAUGCCGCCGAUCCCAAGUCUGCAUCCAUGGGCGGGACCAUUCGCUCCAGCCGGAGGAAAACGGGGGAGAAGAUCAAAUACCGGCUGGUGGCCGUGCCCCACGGGAAUGACAUUGCCUCCCUCUUUGAGUUGGACCCUACCACGCUGCAGAAGACGGAUUCCUUUGUCCCUCGGAACUCCUACGUGAGGCUGCGCCACCUCUGUACGAACACUUGGAUCCAGAGCACCGACGUGCCCAUUGACAUCGAUGAAGAGAGACCCAUUCGUCUCAUGCUCGGCACCUGCCCCACCAAGGAGGACAAAGAAGCUUUCGCCAUUGUCUCUGUGCCAGUGUCAGAAAUCCGGGACCUGGAUUUUGCCAACGAUGCCAGCUCCAUGCUGGCCAACGUGGUGGAGAAGAUGAACGAGGGCUUCAUCAGCCAGAACGACCGCAGGUUUGUGAUCCAGCUGCUGGAGGACCUGGUGUUUUUCGUCAGCGACGUUCCCAACAACGGGCAGAAUGUGUUGGACAUCAUGGUGACCAAACCCAACCGGGAGAGGCAGAAACUCAUGCGGGAGCAGAACAUCCUGAAACAGAUCUUCGGGAUCCUGAAAGCUCCGUUCAAGGAAAAGGGAGGGGAAGGCCCCCUGGUGCGGCUGGAGGAGCUGUCGGAUCAGAAGAAUGCUCCCUAUCAGUACAUGUUCCGCCUCUGCUACCGGGUGCUGCGGCACUCCCAGGAUGACUAUCGCAAGAACCAGGAACAUAUCGCCAAGCAGUUCGGCAUGAUGCAGUCCCAGAUCGGCUACGACAUCCUGGCAGAGGACACCAUCACCGCCCUCCUGCACAACAACCGCAAGCUGCUGGAGAAGCACAUCACCAAGACCGAGGUGGAGACCUUCGUCAGCCUGGUGCGCAAGAACCGGGAGCCCAGGUUCUUAGAUUACCUCUCGGACCUGUGUGUGUCCAACCACAUCGCCAUCCCUGUCACCCAGGAGCUGAUCUGCAAGUGCGUGCUGGACCCCAAGAACAGCGACAUCCUGAUUAAAACGGAGCUGAGGCCAGUAAAGGAGAUGUCCCAGACCCACGAAUACCUGAGCAUCGAGUACUCCGAGGAGGAGGUCUGGCUGACCUGGAGUGACAAGAACAACGACUCCCAAGAGAAAAGCAUCCGGCAGCUGGCACAGGAGGCGCGGGCGGGCAACGCUCAUGAUGAGAACGUCCUGAGUUACUACAGGUAUCAGCUGAAGCUGUUUGCCCGCAUGUGCCUGGACCGCCAGUACCUGGCGAUCAAAGAGAUCUCCAAGCAGCUGAGGGUGGAACUCAUCUUCCUCUGCAUGGCGGACGAGAUGCUGCCCUUUGACCUCCGGGCCUCCUUCUGCCACCUCAUGCUGCACGUGCAUGUAGACCGGGACCCCCAGGAGUUGGUGAUGCCCGUCAAGUUCGCGCGGCUGUGGACGGAGAUCCCCAAUGCCAUCACCAUCAAAGACUACGACUCCAACCUGAACGACUCCCGGGAUGACAAGAAGAACAAGUUCGCCAGCACCAUGGAGUUCGUGGAGGAUUAUCUCAACAACGUGGUGAGCGAGGCGGUGCCGUUCGCCAACGAGGAGAAGAACAAGCUCACCUUUGAGGUCGUCAGUCUCGCCCACAACCUCAUCUACUUUGGCUUCUACAGCUUCAGUGAGCUGCUACGCCUGACACGCACUCUGCUGGGUAUCAUAGACUGUGUCCAGAACCCUCAGCUCAUGAUGCAGUCCAUGUACAAUGAGGAUAUGGCGGGGAAGAACGUGCGGAAGUCCAUCCAGGGUGUUGGCCAGAUGAUGUCCACCAUGGUCCUGAGCCGGAAACAGUCCGUCUUCAGUGUCCCAAGCCUCAGCACCGUGGUGGCCUCUGAGCCCACGGACCGGGAGAGGACCAUAGAGAAUGAAAACAUUGUUGUGAUGGAGACCAAGCUGAAGAUCUUGGAGAUCUUGCAGUUCAUCCUGAACGUGCGGCUGGACUACAGGAUCUCCUACCUGCUCUCCGUCUUCAAGAAGGAGUUCAUAGAAGUCUACCCCAUGCAGGACAGCAGCGCGGAUGGGACAGCUCCAGCCUUCGACUCCACAAGUGCAGCAAUGAACUUGGACAGAAUAGGGGAGCAGGCAGAGGCCAUGUUCGGGGUCGGGAAGUCGAGCAGCAUGUUAGAGGUGGAUGAUGAAGGAGGGAGGAUGUUUCUCCGUGUGCUGAUCCACCUGACGAUGCACAACUAUCCCCCGCUUGUCUCCGGCUCCCUCCAGCUCCUCUUCAAACACUUCAGCCAGCGGCAGGAGGUGCUGCACACCUUUAAACAGGUCCAGCUCCUGAUCUCGGCUCAGGAUGUUGAGAAUUACAAGGUGAUAAAGGCUGAGCUCGACAAGCUGCGCAUGAUGGUGGAGAAAUCUGAACUCUGGGUGGACAAGAAGGGCAGCCCCAAGGGGGAGGACGCAGGGGAAGGGGCCAAGAAGGAGAAGAAAGAGCACGCUGCAGAUGAGGAGGUCAGUACCCCUGAAGAGAAGAGCAGCGAGAAUUACAAGAUAGUCAAAGGGAUCCUGGAGCGGCUCAAUAAAAUGUGUGGGGUGGGUGAGCAGGUGCGCAAGAAGCAGCAGCGCCUGAUGAAGAACAUGGACGCCCACAAAGUGAUGCUGGAUCUGCUGCAGAUCCCCUAUGAGAAGGGUGAUGCAAAGAUGCUGGAGAUUCUGAGAUACACCCACCAGUUCCUACAGAAGUUCUGCGCUGGGAACCAAGGAAACCAGGCCCUUCUGCACAAACAUCUCAACUUGUUCCUCACCCCUGGGCUCCUGGAGGCCGAGACGAUGCAGCACAUCUUCCUAAACAACUACCAGCUGUGCUCGGAGAUUAACGAGACGGUGCUUCAGCACUUUGUCCACUGCCUGGCCACGCAUGGCCGCCACGUGCAGUACCUUGACUUCCUGCACAGCAUCAUCAAGGCGGAGGGCAAGUACGUCAAGAAGUGCCAGGACAUGAUCAUGACGGAGCUCACCAAUGCCGGGGACGACGUGGUGGUCUUCUACAAUGACAAGGCCUCGCUGGCCACCAUGCUGGAGAUGAUGACAGCGGCCCGGGAAGGGGUGGAGGAGAACAGCCCCCUCAUGUACCACAUCUCCUUGGUGGACCUGCUGGCUGCCUGUGCCGAGGGCAAGAACGUCUACACGGAGAUCAAGUGCACAUCCCUGCUGCCGCUGGAGGACAUUGUGCAGGUGGUGACGCAUGAGGACUGCAUCACCGAGGUGAAGAUGGCCUACGUGAACUUCGUCAACCACUGCUACGUGGACACCGAGGUGGAAAUGAAGGAGAUCUACACCAGCAACCACAUCUGGACGCUCUUCGAGAACUUCACCCUGGACAUGGCCACGAUGUGUAAGAAGCGAGAGAAGCGUCUGACGGACCCCGCCCUGGAGAAGUACGUGCUCACCGUGGUGCUGGACACCAUCAAUGCCUUCUUCAGCUCCCCCUUCUCGGAGAACAGCACUUCCCUGCAGACCCACCAGACCAUUGUCGUGCAGCUCCUCCAGUCCACCAUGAGGCUCCUGGAGUGCUCCUGGCUACAGCAGCAGCACAAGACCUCGGUGGAGGCCUGUAUCCGUACCCUGGCCAUGGUUGCCAAGAGCCGCUCCAUCGCCCUGCCCAUGGACCUCGAUGCCCACGUCAGCUCCCUGCUGAACAGCAGCUCCACCAGCGCCUUGCAGAGGAGCGCUUCCAGCUACAAGACAGCCACGCGGACCUUCCCCCGUGGCUUGGCCACGCCCAACCAGUGGGACUACAAAAACAUCAUUGAGAAGCUGCAGGACAUCAUCAACUCCCUGGAGGAACGGUUCAAACCCCUGGUGGAAGCCGAAGUGUCUGUCCUGGUGGACGUUCUGCACCGCCCAGAGCUGCUCUUCAUGGAGGGGACCGAUGCCUACCAGCGCUGCGAGAGCGGGGGCUUCCUCUCCAAGCUGGUCCAGCACACUAAGGACCUGAUGGAGAGCGAGGAGAAGUUGUGCAUCCGGGUCCUGAGGACGCUGCAGCAGAUGCUCAUGAAGAGGAACAAAUAUGGGGACAGGGGCAACACGCUGAGGAAAAUGCUUGUGAGUAACUACCUGCAGAACAAGAAGUCGAGCUCCAAAGGGGAGAUCGUCGACACGACUGGGGGUGGCCAAGACCAGGACUGGUCAGUUAUUGCUGCCACCCAGUGCCGGCUGGACAGAGAAGGGGCCACCAAGCUGGUGUCGGACCUUAUCAUGAACACCAAAAACGAGAAGAUUUUCCAGGAGAGCAUCCUCUUAGCCAUCCGGCUGCUGGAUGGCGGCAACACGGAGAUACAGAAAUCGUUUUAUAGCCUGAUGACGAGCGACAAGAAGUGUGAGAAGUUCUUUAAAGUGUUGCAUGAACGCAUGAAGAAGGCGCAGCAGGAGACCAAGUCCAUAGUGUCGGUGAACAUGACUGACAUUGGGAACAAGCCCCAGGAGGACAAAGACACCCCUGACCCUGUCACUAAGGGACGAGGAACCUUCAUGCUGUCCCAUGCCCCAUCUCGGCACCCCAUGGCCAUUGGGUUUCGAAAGGGCCACGACACUGAGGAGCGAAGCCAGAACAAUGAGAUGGGAAUGUCGAUCUUGAUCAUGGAGCCUAUUCUUCGGUUCCUGCAGUUGCUCUGUGAAAACCACAACCGGGACCUCCAGAACUUCCUCCGGUGCCAGAACAAUAAGACCAACUACAACCUGGUGUGUGAGACUCUGCAGUUCCUGGACAUCAUGUGUGGCAGCACCACGGGGGGGCUGGGCCUGCUGGGCCUCUACAUCAACGAAUGCAAUGUGGCCCUUAUCACCCAAACCCUGGAGACCUUGACGGAGUAUUGCCAGGGACCAUGCCAUGAGAACCAGAGCUGCAUUGUGACACACGAAUCUAAUGGCAUUGACAUCAUCACGGCCCUGAUCCUGAAUGAGAUCAGCCCCCUCUGCAAGUACAGAAUGGACCUUGUCCUCCAGCUGAAGGACAAUGCCUCCAAACUCCUGCUGGCCUUGAUGGAGAGCAGACAUGACAGCGAGAAUGCCGAGCGGAUCCUCAUCAGCCUUCGGCCUCAGGAACUGGUUGAUGUAAUUAAAAAAGCCUAUCUCCAGGAGGAAGAGUGCGAGAACUCUGAGAUUUCCCCCCGGGAAGUCGGGCACAACAUCUAUAUCUUGGCCUUACAGCUGUCUCGGCACAACAAGCAACUGCAGCAUCUCCUAAAGCCAGUGAAGCGAAUCCAGGAGGAGGAGGUGGAGGGCAUCUCCUCUAUGCUCAGCUUAAACAAUAAGCAGCUGACUCAGAUGCUGAAAUCAACGGCUCCCAUCCAGGAGGAGGAAGAAGACCCGCUGGCGUAUUACGAGAAGCACACCUCCCAGAUUGAGAUUGUGCGCCUGGACCGGAGCAUGGAGCAGAUCAUCUUCCCCGUGCCCAGCAUCUGCGAAUUCGUCACCAGGGAGACCAAGUACCGGCUGUUCACCACCACGGAACAAGACGAGCAGGGCAGCAAAGUCAGCGACUUCUUCGACCAGUCGUCCUUCCUCCACAACGAGAUGGAAUGGCAGAAGAAACUGCGCAGCAUGCCACUGAUGUACUGGUUCUCCCGCAGAAUGACUCUCUGGGGAAGCAUUUCCUUCAACCUGGCUGUCUUCAUCAACAUCAUCAUUGCUUUCUUCUACCCCUACGUCGAAGCCACCUCUAUGGGAGUGUUGGAUUCCCCAUUGAUCUCCUUGCUCUUCUGGUUUCUGAUCUGCUUCUCCAUCAUGGCCCUGUUUACCCGGCGCUACGGCAUCAGACCGCUCCUCGUGGCAUUGAUCCUGCGAUCGAUCUAUUAUUUAGGGAUUGGGCUCACGCUGAACAUCCUGGGAACUCUCAAUCUGACCAACAAGAUUGUGUUCGUGGUGAGCUUUGUGGGCAACCGUGGGACAUUUAUCCGGGGCUACAAAGCCAUGAUCAUGGAUAUGGAGUUUCUCUACCAUGUGGCCUAUAUUGUGACCAGCAUUCUGGGGCUUUUUGUACAUGAACUCUUCUACAGCAUCUUGCUCUUUGACUUGAUCUACCGUGAGGAGACCUUGUUCAAUGUCAUCAAAAGCGUGACGCGGAACGGACGCUCCAUCCUGCUGACCGCCCUCCUGGCUCUCAUCCUCGUCUACCUCUUCUCCAUUGUGGGUUUCCUCUUCCUGAAAGACGACUUCAUCAUGGAGGUGGAUCGGCUGCCUGACAACAAGUCCAAAGACGGCCCCUUGGGGAUGCAAAGGAACAUGGAGGCUUUUAUGGAGUCGUGCAGUGGUGACAAAAUUAGCUGCUCUGCAGUGCCUGGUGUGCUGAGAGAUGAUGAUGAGGAUAACUCAGAGCGUGCCUGCGACACGCUGCUCAUGUGCAUUGUCACUGUCCUGAAUCACGGCCUGAGGAACGGAGGGGGCGUGGGUGACAUUCUCAGGAAGCCAUCCAAGGAUGAGUCCUUGUUCCCUGCUCGGGUUAUCUACGACCUCCUCUUCUUCUUCAUUGUCAUCAUCAUUGUCCUCAACCUUAUCUUUGGUGUCAUCAUAGACACCUUUGCUGAUCUGAGGAGUGAGAAGCAAAAGAAGGAAGAAAUUCUUAAGACCACAUGUUUCAUAUGUGGUCUCGAAAGGGACAAGUUCGAUAAUAAGACUGUGUCCUUCGAGGAGCACAUUAAAUAUGAGCACAACAUGUGGAACUACCUGUACUUCAUCGUGCUGGUGCGAGUAAAGAAUAAGACUGACUACACAGGGCCCGAGAGUUACGUGGCACAAAUGAUCAAGAACAAGAACCUGGACUGGUUUCCUCGGAUGCGAGCCAUGUCGUUGGUCAGCAAUGAAGGGGAAGGGGAACAGAACGAGAUCCGGAGUCUUCAAGACAAGCUCAACUCCACUAUGAAGCUGGUGUCUCACCUCACUUCACAGCUGAAUGAGCUGAAAGAGCAGAUGACAGAGCAAAGGAAGCGCAGACAGCGCAUCGGUUUUGUGGAUGCCCAGAACACCAUGAAUCACUGAGGCACACACAAAGCAUCAGCUUUGCCAACCAACUAAGUCCAUGUUAUCGGCUAACAAGGAUGUUUUCACUGGCAUCUGCGCAUCGAUCACAUCUUCAGAAGCUGGACAAAAGCCUAGGUUACGGCUGUAAGGUUUCAACGCCAGCCUUCUCCAUUACAUCUCUGCAAACAUUUUGCCCAGCAACCGCCAGGAACCACUAACUUACCAGAUUUCCCCACUGUACCUGGACCUGCAAUUUAUCCCAAUGCCCUCAAAGGAAGGUAAAUUAUUUUGGACUUUGGUUCCUCAUUGCAAUAACUUUUUGUUCUUUAACAUGAAUUAUCUUUCUUCAUCUCCAUGCACUACAUUUUGGUGGCUACCCCCUUCCAGAGGCAAUAGCAUUAAUAUUGUUAUUAGCAAUUAGAGUUGCAAUAUUUAACUUAUUCCAAAGUCCGUAGUAGAUGUGGAACUUUGCAAGCCAGACAUCGUUCACUGUACCUCACAAUGCUGAUUUUCCUCCAUUUUAAGAAUCCCAUCUAUCGCUGCGGCGCAGUAAACUCAACGAGAUGUAUUGAUAGUACAUUGCAUCUGAUGAGUAACAGCAAAGCUGUUGCAAGUAUGACAUAGUCUUUUAUCUUCCAUGGACAGACUUUAUUUGCGCAGUAGUGGGAAACGGCAGGUUUACAGCAGUUCACUGUGAAGAGGUAUUCUGUGUUUAUUUUCAUCUCUGAUGUAAUGUUUUACAAACUUUUUAUUUUGUUGUUACUUAACUAAUAUGUAAAUUGCCUUAACUAAGUUAACACAAAAUUAAGUCAUAGUAAAAGCUGAAAUGAGGUCAAAGAACCUCUUCUCAACACUCUGUUAUGAAUUAAUAAUAGCAUCCAGAGGCCUCGAUCCUGAUUAGGCAGGGUGCUGUGUGAAUACAGGUCCCCAUCCCAGAGGAAACUCAGUUCAGAAGAUGGUG